UGCACAAAGUCCUCCUAACUGGAGGUGCCAGCUGAAGCACAGAGAGGAAGCAAAAGCCCUGGAGAUCAGAACUACUUGAGAAGACUGAAUAACAGUGAUGAGGGGCCCAAUGUCCCAGUUGUUAGACGUGGACACCAGACACUUUUUUCAAGGUGUCGGGAUGACCUGAGCAAGACUGUGGAUACAACCAGUGCUGACUGAUUUGGCUGGGCACUGCUGCAUCAGGGAGAUGUCAGCCCAGCCUUGCCAGCUGGCAAGUGCACAGGGGACAGUGCAAGGGGUACAGAGCCUGAAAGUGGUGCUGCCAGGGCCAGCUCUUAGCUGGUACCCCCGAGUGCUGCUCUGUAGGGCUGCUGCCAGCUCAGACCAGAAUCAGCCUGAGGAUCACCGCAACACAACUUUUUGGACAACGAAGACCUGACUAGUUGUCCUGUUGGUUUUCAAAAGGAAAAUACAAAUUACCAGCUUUUCAGACCUGUUCUCCUCUAAUAUUGGAGCUUCUCCCCUGCAGAUUGACAGUCCCAUCAGCAAAGAGGGACAGAGUGCUCUCUUACACAGGCUUUGGGAAUGGACUGCUUUUCAGAUGGCCACUACUAUCUACUCCAGGGGGAUGAAACACCCACAAGACCCCUCUGCAAACAGAUCUUCCUGCCCCAAGACCCUUCACAAAAUGCUUCCAAAGCAAAGAGAUCAUCCUGAUCAUCAAAAUGACAUGGAUUCCUUUUGGGAUGGGAGAAGAUAUGGCUGUUUGUUGCUGUGAUAUAUUUGUUUCAGGGAGUUGCUUAUUCAGAAGAACUGAGAAGAAUGCAGAGAGCUGUGGAUCCUGAAGCCUUUAUGAGUAUUAAUGAGCUCAUUACUUACAAAGGGUACCCCAGUGAGGAGUAUGAGGUGAUGACAGAAGAUGGCUAUACCAUUACCAUUAACAGAAUCCCUUAUGGUACUCAGAAUCAAGGAAGCCCAGCUUCAAGACCUGCUGUGUUUCUCCAGCAUGGAUUAUUGGGAGAUGCUCGUAACUGGGUCACAAACCUGCCCAACAACAGCUUGGGCUUCCUGCUAGCUGAUGCUGGAUUUGAUGUUUGGAUGGGAAAUAGCAGAGGGAAUCGCUGGUCAAGGAAACAUCAGAAGUAUUCCAUUGAUCAAGAUGAAUUCUGGGCUUUCAGUUUUGAUGAGAUGGCAAAGUUUGAUCUUCCAGCAGCAAUAAAUUUCAUUUUGGAGAAAACAGGACAAGAGAAGUUGUACUAUAUUGGCUAUUCACAAGGUACUACCAUUGCUUUCAUUGCAUUUUCAACAAUGCCAGAGCUGGCUCAAAAAAUCAAACUCUACUUUGCGUUGGCACCUGUCACUGCUAUUAAGUAUGCUAAAGGCCCAGCAACAAAACUCCUCUACCUUCCUGAGAAAAUGCUCAGGGGUAUGCUUGGCAACAGAGAAUUCCUUCCCCAGACUGAGUGUCUCACAAGGAUAAUGGCCCCUGUCUGCAGCCACCAAGCUUUUGCCAGGCUUUGUAGAAGUGUCUUCUUCAAUCUGGGUGGCUGUAACCUGAAAAACAUUGAUGCGAACCGAAUCAACGUGUAUAUUGCCCAAACCUCUGCUGGAACUUCUGUGCAGAACAUAGUCCACUGGAGUCAGGCGGCCCGCUCAGGGAAGUUCCAAGCUUAUGACUGGGGCAGUUCAAAGAAGAACAUGGAAAAAUACCAACAGACUACCCCUCCUCUCUACAAGGUAGAAGAGAUGACUGUACCAACCGCAGCGUGGACUGGGGGACGAGACCUGCUCGCAGAUCCCAAGGAUGCAGCCCUUUUACUGUCUAAAAUCAAGAACCUUAGCUAUCACAAGAAGAUUCCUGAAUGGGGACACCUGGAUUUCAUCUGGGGAUUGGAUGCACCUUUACAUGUGUACAGUGAAAUUAUUGACCUGAUGCAGAAAUAUCCUUAACCCAUAACCAGAAGCCUUACCUGACUCGUUCAACAGCCCUUAGAUUCACUAGGUGCAAAAACCCCCUUUUGUUGCAUCUGGAGUCAGGGAAAGGGUUCCUCCUGCACACUGCAUGUCACUCCAAUGCCUUUUGUGUCCUGAUAGUGCACUUCAUGUUUUCUGGCAACCUUGUGGAUCUGUAAUACUUUUUCAAUCGAUACAUCUUCAAUUCUGCAAUAACUGUACUUUGUUAAUAGAAGACAGGGUUUGCUUCCAGCCUACUCUCCUCCCUAGACUGUAACAGUAAUGAAAGCACUCCCUUUCUCUGGAUACAUUCUGUGAUUUCUAGAUGUUUUCCAUUCUUUAUAUUAUUGCUCAGUAAUUGGGCUGGCAGUUAUUUAAAGGCAUAUUGUAAUCAAAAUAUUCUAACAGUUAUGAUAUCGUAUAAUUUUAUUAUUAAGCAAGAUUAUUAAACAAAAAAGUGAGUUCAUACAAAAAAAAAAUCACCUCACUCCUGGAAAGAAGAUGGUUUGUCUUUGUUUGAAACAGGAAUGCUCC